ACAUAGGACGAACGAUAUCACAAAAAAAAACUAAAUUAAUUAAAGGUGAUUAUUAAUUAGUCAGUGGGUUCUUUGGAGGUAGAGAAGCAGCUGCAUUAGAACCUACAGCUGUACAAGAUUUAAUACACACGCACACAAGCAAACACACACACACACACACACAUAUAAACACACACAUACGCACGCAACGUAUACGCAAAGAAAGAACCCACUCACUCUAACUUGUACUACUGCUACUAACUACUACUACUACUACUGUUACCACGACCGCCGCUGCUGCUACUGCUGCUGUUUCUGUUUCUGUAGGCUUUGCUCAACAAAUAACGGAGAUUCACAAGAGGGAUAUUAAAAGUCAGGGAAAGACUUCUUGAUAUAGAUAUGGACUUUAGCUAGCAUGGCCCAUCAACCUACAAGUUUUUCCAUUUUCCUUGCUGGUCUGCUACCAUUACACACCACAUUUGAAUGACUACUUGACAACAGCUUCCAGAGAUCAAGUAGAAGGACCAUUUGAAGGCUUACAAAAAUUUUACUGUUAUUAAACAAGAUUCUUCUUUGUCUUAAAAAAGAAAAAUAUAAUCAAAUAAAAAAGAUAUAACAUUAUUAAAAAUAAACUUCUUAUUGAAAAAGGAAGAAAGAAAUUAUUAACAAUGUGCCAAGUUAUAGUAACAUGCCGAUCUCUGAUUUGGACUCUCAUAACCAUUCUGACUACACUUAUGCUAGUUGUGUCAGUCUGUUCACCAUACUGGUUAACAGGCAAACCACAACACACUGGCUUGAGUGGUAAAAACUACACUAUCAGAAAGAACCAAGAAACAUUUCACCCAACUGUUGGUAUCUUCAACCGUUGUUAUCGUCUACACAAAUACAACAGGAUCUACCACAGAGACAGCUGUGACACCUACGUCACAAAGUUCCAUAUGUCCAAUGAAAAUUUCCCCAAUACAUGGAAAGCUGCUUUAUUUUUCUUUGUGUGUGGAGUAUUGGCAAUGAUAUUUACCACUGCCACCUCUGUCAUCAGCCUCUGUACACGAGCUUUGUGUAGCAAAAGCAUUUUUACUUUAUCCGGCCUCAUCCAAAGUAUUGCUGGUUUGUUCUGUAUAAUCGGUCUGAUUCUCUACCCAGCCGGGUGGGGCACAGAGAGGGUGAAGAAAAUCUGUGGAGAUUUGGCAAGUCCUUACAACAUUGAUAACUGCAGCUUAGGUUGGGCUUUAUAUCUCAAUAUUGUCAGCAUUUGCUUCAUCUUCAUCUGUUCCACGCUGUCCAUCCAGGCCAACCACUCCAUGAAUCGACAAAAAGUUCAAGAGGAUAUUCUCACUGGAAAGAGUCUCAUCUGUAUUGCAUAAACAUUUCCAUGUGCAUACAUUACAUGCACAUGCACGCACGCAUGCUCACACACACACACACACACACACUUAUACACAUGUAUGUGUUUUACUACAUACAUAUACAUGGACAUACAUUAAUACAUACAAGCACACAUUUGCCUAAAUACACACCUUAAAUACAUACAAACAAUACACAUAUGCAUGUCCAUACACAAACAUGCAUGCACAAACACACUCACACACACACAAACUCCCACAAGAAUAACACAAAUCUGUAUGUUUUGUGUGAUACCUACAACAAACAUUAACAAACACAUUGGCUACAGUCUUUAACAUUAUAAUAAUAAUAAUAACAAUAAUAAUAAUACUUUCCACAAUAAUUACAUAUAUAUAUAUUUUUUUGUUAUUUGCCUCAAUGGAUGAGGGACAAGACACGAUACUAAAAAAAUUCAGAACAAUGGAAAUUUUACAUCAAAAGUUGGGAACAGAUAACAAUCCUACAGACAUAUAAAAAAAUAAAAUCAAAUAAUGUAUACAAAUAUAUAUGCAAUUGUUGGGUGUCACUCUUGCUGCUGUAGUGGUCAGCAUUUAUCACUGAUCUUUGUCCUUAAAUGCGAUAGAAUUGCGGUGUUGAAUCCUGACCAGUCCUUGAUGUUAUUGAACUAAGAUUCCUUUUUGUCUGCCUCCUCCUCCUCCUCCUCUUUCAGCUGUGCUCUAGAGAAUAUGUGACAUAUAUACAUAUAUAUAUAUAUUAUUCAUUAACAUGAAUAGUGCUGAUAGUGACUUUGAAGGUCUAGCCUGCAAAGCCAUCAUAUCGGGCUGUCCAAUGAUGGUUUAUCAGGCUGAAACUUCAAAAUUAAUGUUAAUGCUAUUCUUGUUAAAGAAUAAUAAAUAUGUGUUUUACAAAAUGUAUUGAGUGGUGCUUCAGUUUAAUGCAAAAUUGUUUUUAUUAUAACUCAACAUAAAAACAAACAUUAAUUUACAUACAUACAUAUAUAUAUAUAUAUAAUAUAUAUAUAUAUAUAUAUAUAUAUAUAUAUAAUUUUAUGGUUUGUGUAUACAUGAUUAAAUGCUUUAACAGUUACCAUAUGAAAUAUGUGUGUGUAUGACAGACACCAAAGGUCAGUCGGCAAACCCCUCAAUGUUUGGAGUACUCUGACAAGUCAGAACUGCAAUACACAAACUGGACUUCCUCCUCAUAGUAAAAAUCCCACCUUUUUCACUAUAGUUCUGUAAUAGUAAUAAUAAAAUUAAAAUUUUGAAAAGGCAUGGUUGAUGAGAUUUGUGUAGGGAGGAGCUAUUUGCAUUCUGAUGUUCAUUGUUUCUGAUAAAGGCAAGUUAGUUGGUACCUCUCAGUUAAGCAGAAAAGCUUAAAUAGGAAGUGUUUAGUGAAAGCAAAUCCAAAAAUGCGGUGCAGACUCUAGCAAGAUGACUAUGCUGUUAAUAAUAAUAAUAAUAAUAUAAUAAUAAUAAUAAUAAUAUAAUAACAAUUGUUAUUAUUGUUUCCAUUUCACUUCUCAGAGCUCUUCAAUUCACUUGCUCUGGCUAAUUCUUCAAGACCAGACAACAACCUGUUGUUAAGGAUCUCACGGGGUCUCUUUCCACACAAUACUUAACAUCCAAGUACCAAUUUCAAAAUCUUCACUGUCCUCAGUAAAGCAGUUUCCUGAACAUGUUCUACCCUCAUGUCAAUCCCAAUUUCUCCAACAAUUUUCUCAAAUCUGGUUGUUAAUGUUCCCAGUGCCCCUACAACUACUGUAAUGAUACUUACUUUCUUCAUCAUCAUUACGAUUAUUGUUAUUAUUAUUAUUAUUAUUAUUAUAUUAUUAUUAUUAUUUCUGAUUUUGAUACAAGGUCAGCAAUUUUGAGGGUGGGGUUUAGUCAUUUCCUUCAAUACCACUAUUUGACUGGUACUUUAUCUUAUCAGCCCCAGAUGGAAUAAUUAAUUAACAAAACUAUGAUCCCACCAAUUAUCAUCUGGAACCUUAAGAACAAUUACAAAAAAAUUUUUGAAAAUCUUGAUCAUAAUCUGGGAUUAGAUGCAGUGCAGGACACCUGUUUACUAGUUUCAAUAAGACUUAUCUAAAAGUCCUCAGUGCAAAAUAAGAAGAGCUAUGAAGGGCAGGAAUUUUUUUUUUUAUACAGGCGGUAUAAAAUGCUCCAUGGCUUAAAAGGAUCUAUAAUAAAACUGGGCACAACAUCAGUACCAUAUAGCAACAGAAUAAUGAUAAUAAUAAUAAUAUUAAUAGUUUCUGGUUAGUAAUUUUGAAUGGGUAUAGUUAGUUGAUUCCAUCAACCCCAAUUCUAGACUGGUGCUUUCUAAUAUAGGCACAUGACAAAAAUUUAUGGGAACGGAAUGCAGUUAACUGAAUCACCUUGGUUUCAGAAGCACCAAAGCAAAGUUGAUUUUGCUGGGAUUUGAAGUCAGAAGAUAAUUAAUUGAUGUAAAACAUUUUAAUCUGCUUUUCUGCCUAUUCUGCUACUAAACCAAACUUGUAAAAUAAACAACUUAGAUAAGUUUUAAAAUAGAGGCUUGUUUUUAUAAUAUUUUUAUAUCAAGAUGUAAUUUUUUAAUCCAUUUUUUUCUCUUUUUAUAAUGUUUUGGAAGAGAGUGGGGAAGUCCAUUUAAGUUUUAAACUAUUUUUUUUUUACCUCUUCAAGUCUUUAAGCCUCCACAUUGUAUCUAAAGAGAUUAAAAUCUGUUCUACUUAUUACGCUCCAUGUAUGUAAGUGCGUGUGCACAUGUGAUGUACACAUAUUCUCAGCCACAAAUAAACUUACUUGUUUGUUAAAAUAGUUCAUCAUCAUCAUCAUCAUCAUCAUCACCUCAUCAUCAUCAGCCACUAAAGCAGCAGAUUACAUUAAAAGUGUAACUUGCUACAACUGCAGCUGCAACACUCCCACCACCACUACCAUCAUUACUGUUACUGCAGCAGAAGAAAGUAAAAAUGUUGUUGUAUGGUUGUUAUUAGCUCUUAUGUUUCUUUUUAAAAGCAACAAUUGCAACACCAACAUCAUCAUCAUCAUCGUCAUCAUUCUGCCACUGUUGAUUUAUAAUAACCGCAAAAUGAACGAGAUUUGCACACAGACAGAAAGUCUGCUGCAAUAUAUAAUGCUACCACACCGUUAAACCCCAACCCUGUCCAUUAUCCCCAGCCAUCAUCAUCAUAACCAUCAUCAUAAUCAUCAUCAUAAUCAUCAACAUCAUCGACACCAGCAUCUUCAAAAUAGAAUUUUUCAGAAGUUAACUUAUUUACUUUGAAGGUAAAACAAACAACAAACAAA